GAGACAAUUAUAUUGUCAUUUUUGACGUCUUUGUUUGACCACCUGUAACGAAUCACGUGGCCACUACGAGUUGUAAUUGUUUAUAUAAUAUAGUUGGCGCGCUCUAAGGACACGUUGCGUUCAAAAACACGGUUCGAAGUAAACACUAGAGUUACUUUCUAUUUUACUGUACGAGAAUCAGGCUUGACUUAAAAAAGAAACGAUGGGAGAAGUUGAGUUCAAUAAAGAAGACGAUUAUAAGGUGAAAAUCGUUGAUGGAGGAGAUUACAAAGAGCCCGGUGGAGGCAUUCGUAAACCAAGUCAAGAAGAAAUUGAUGAGUACAAGAUACAUCGUGUCAUCGUUAUGGUCAUUUUUGGUUUAGUUGUAGCGAUCCUGUUGCUACUUAUAGUCAUUCUUAUUGCUACAACAGAGGGCUGCGAAUCAGUUGAAGAAGAGAAACUCCCUUGGUAUAAAUCAGGCGUCAUGUACAACAUCUACCCUCGAUCUUACAAGGACUCAAGUGGCGACGGCACAGGAGAUUUCGAAGGCAUUAUCAAAAAGCUUGACCACCUCAAAGACCUCGGUGUGAACAUCCUCUAUCUCUCUUCCAUAUUCAAGAUCAACACGGAGGUGGACUAUGGCUAUUCUGUGAUCAACUUUACAGACACUAACCCCGCAUAUGGCUCCAUUAAAGAUUUCGAAAAAUUAGUGGACAGAGCACAUGAUAAAGGCAUGAAAGUUAUCAUUGAAUUUAUACCUUGCGAUACAUCAAUCGACAAUGAGUGGUUUGAGGAAAGCAGCAAGGGUAACAACAAAAGAGAUUGGUAUAUUUGGAAAAAUGAAUCAGGUUUAGAUGAACGUUUUUGGUCAAACGCUUCCAGCGGAUUGUUUUACUCGCAUCCAAAGAACUACCCGCAAAAGGCGAAUCUUAACUGGGACAACGACGACGUGAAAAGAGAAUUUAAAAGCGUUUUGCGUUUUUGGUUAGAUAAAAAAGUCGAUGGGUUCCGUGUGGUCUCGAUUCAGAGGUUAUUUGGCGCAAAUCAGACAGAAAACGCUUGGAGUAAGAUCCAUACAGUUGUUCAGAAAUGGCAAAACUACACAAAAAUGAGAAAUCCAAACAGUAUCCUCAUUGGUUCUUCUCACCCAGCAAAUCUCGAACUCUAUGGAACAGAAGAUCGCCCAGAGCUUGACAUUGUUGUCAACUUUGAGCUUGUUGCUGACACUGCUAAAAACUUUUAUACAGCAAUCAAUUUCAAAAAGAUCAUGAAUGAGUACAUUGGUAAUUUAUCUAAUGGAAAUUGGCCAAGUUGGGCACUAACCAGUUGGGUCCAUGGACGAGUUGGAAGCAACAUUGACAGCAAACUAGCAAAAUCAUUAGAAGCACUUCUGGUGCUCCUACCUGGGACACCAAUUGUGUUUUAUGGUGAUGAGAUUGGAAUGCAAAAUGUAAACAAUGGUAAAAAUCUAAAAGUAGAUGAGAACAAAGCUCCAAUGCAGUGGGAAGACACCAAGAAUGCAGGUUUCACUUCAAAUAAUUCCACUUGGUUUGGCGAUGUAGGCAAUGCAUCAUACACAAAUGCAAAAGAUGAUCAACUUGGCAUCAUGAAGAGCCUUAAAGAUGCUAUAAAACUACGAAUGGAAAAUGCAAGUGUCCUCCUUGAUGGACCACUUGUAAACUUUACCAUUAUAAACCAAAAAAAUGUGUUAGCAUACACAUUUAAAGAUAAAUUGCCCAGAUUUGCUGUGGCUAUUAACUUUGAUCCCAGUGAGCAAGUGAUUAAUCUCAAUGAACUUGGUAUCAAAGAUGGUUCUCUAAAAUACCACACAGCUGAUAAGAAACCAGGCAAAAUUGAUAUGAAGGAAUUAAAAGUUCCUGGUUAUGCCUUGUAUGUUUUUGAAGUCACUAAGAAAAUGUGAUAGUACUUGAUUGUAGUAACUUGUUUAGUUUUGGGGAUUUAAAUUAGGAAAUUGUGUAAACGUCCUUUUGAAUAAUUUCAUUCAAAUAAAAGUUGUGUUGACAUUCAA